CACAGCACAUGAAGGGGACCAUUGAUCGCAGUAAGUCCAGGCAUCGCCAGUUCACGAGUCGAACUUCAUUGCACAAACCACAUAGGCCGGCACACAUGCAUGAACGUUGCACCGCAUUGCACCAGCUGGGGGGGAAGCUGCAAUCAUGCCGUCAGAUCAGAUCAGUCAUUCUCCAUUCAUUGACCGAUCGAUCACUUCUCGCAUCGGUUGCUCUCAGGCAGCCGUCGCUUGCCCCAGAACUCGCAGCCAAAGAUGCCUGCAGGAGUCGCAAUGUAAUCGAGAAGAGCUUUUGGAGCUUUUGUGACGUGUUUCCACAGUGGAUCAUCCAUUUGACCGACCGUAGUAGUCUUUCUCAGGGUUGAAAUCUGAGCAAUGCAUACGAAACAGAUCGCAUCCAUGCGGCAUCUCUCACAGAUAUAUGUGAUGUGAUGUGAUGUGAUGCGAUGUGGUGACCCCCCCACCUGGGGGCACGGGGAUGGGUGGGAUGGUGUACUUGGCUGAGGCCAGGGUGAGGAACUCGUUGAGCGUCUCGCCCACCUCCUCAACCUCCUCUAAUUGACGCUCGGGACGCUGCAACACACACACACACACACACACCUGCAGGCUAUGACGACUCCCUUGCGCAGCGGUAAGGCCUUCACUGACUUGUGAGAUGACGGCUUCUCGCAGCUCCGCGAGAUGGCCUUUGAGCAGCAGAGGCAGCAGGCGGAGCCGCUCUGUCUUGGUCGUGUCCUCGAGGUCAAUCUUGGCAGACAAGGUCUCCAUUUUCUGUGUUAACACACACACACACACACGCACACAUCAAGGAGAACUAAUUUCCCUGCCUCCCGUCCCGUCGGUACCUCUUGCAUGGGCCUUUAGUACACACACACAGACAGACAGACAGCCAGACAGACAACAGAGCGAGAGCAGAGUGAGGCUUGUCCACCAACCCACACUGACAUGUCAGACAUCCACUAGGUACCAACCUGACCUGUAGUAGAUGCCUAAGAAGUUGGCCACCGUGCCGCUGUCGUACGUCCCGCCCUUGAGCUUGCCUGUCUUGAGCUUGUCCAGGAUCUUGAGCACAUACGGACGGUAGUCGGCGAUCUCACCCACCGCCCUCUCGAUUUUCUGCUCCUCGCUCUCGAAGAAGGGCAAACUGAUGGCCGAUGAAGGGCUCGGAGAGGCCAGCAGGGAAGGGGCGACAAGUGAGCCGAGAGCGAUAGAGAGCAUCCGCCUGCGUGGGAGAGUGGACGACUCAUCGGCCGUCAUCUUGAGCAGUGACGAUGAUGGCGCGCGGCGGAGAGCGUGACGGAGGCCCAUGUGAGAGGCUGAAGGGCUGAUGAAGGCCUGCAGCAACGCACACUCGCAACAUAACAACAUGACAUGAGAUAGAUGAGUCAGCCAACUGCGUCCAUCACGAGCCUUCAUACGUCAUGCGAUGAUACUGCGCCGAUGGCGCAAAGCAUAACAAAGACACCUCUCAGCAUCUUCACCUUUCGGCCGCACGCGAAGGUGUAGAUCUUGCUUUGACGUGCUUCACAGCGGCUCACACGUCGAUUAAGUCGAAUCAAAUUGCACGUAUGGGUC